AUGAAACUCAUGAAUCAAAAGGACGAGAUUGAGAAGCUGAUACUUGACAUCACGGAGUUUCUAGAGACACCACCUAUGCCUGGAGUCAAAGGUACUUUGGUAGAUGCUGAGGGAUUUCCCAGAGCUGAUAUUGAUCUAUUUGAAGUGAGAAAAAUGAGAAAUAAAUUAGCGUGCCUGCAAACUGAUCAUUGCACUGUAAUGAAACAAAUAGAAGAAGGUCUGCUUAGUGUUCAUGAUGAUUACAAGAAAAAUAACAUUAAUAUUGAAGGAGAGGAAUUGAAGACUUAGAGUAAUUUUGAGAAAAUGAGUGUUUCUAGUGCUAACCCAGAUAAUUUAAUAAAGCAGAACUUAGAAGUAAGAAUUCCAUUCGCCUGGAUAAGCGAUGUGAUCAAUGACUCCCCAGCUCAGUAAGCUGGACUUAAGAUGGGAGAUGCUAUCUAUAAAUUUGGAGAUGUCGACCAUAGCAAUCAUGAAAAUUUGAAUGCUAUUGUCGAACUGGUGAAAAAGUCUCUAAAUAAUCCCAUCUAGGUAAAGGUACUAAGAAAGAACCUUUUCGGAGGGAGUGAAGAAAAGGAGAUAUAGUUUGUGCCUCAUGAGUGGGGAGGUAGAGGCUAUCUCGGAUGUGCUCUCAAACUUAACCCUAUUUGA